CAAAGAACUCGUCCGACAAAGUGCCGCCCCGUGUCCACCAACCUGAGGCCUCAUGUGCAUGUACACCGGCAACACGCCCUUCAGACCGGAACACUGCAAUGCUGCUUGGCAGCAGAAAGCGGUAGUACAUACUUUCCGGGCGAGAUCUGUCUAUUGGACCAGGUCUGUCUUUAAAAAAGUGGAAGAGAACAAGAAUGGGGACGAAGCCGGAGAACAGAAGGGGUUGACGCCGUAUCAAGGUAAAAAGCGGUGCUUCGGCGAGUACCGAUGCCCUCAAUGCAAGCGCCGCUGGAUGAGCGCCAACUCCUGGGCCAACAGUGGCCAGGACUGUAACAAGUGUAGGAUCAACGUGUAUCCCCACAGACAGAUGCCCCUCCAUAAACCUGGGGGUCUGGAUAAAAGCGAUCCGACUAAGAAGCACCCGCGCGAACUUUGCCAGAAGUGCCGCUCUCUCAAAUCCUAUUGUGGCCGUAGAGAUUGGACCGCAGCAAUAGCCAGGGUAAACGGCAUAGCCCUGGGCUAGAUAGAAGCCACGCGAAUUGCAAACGUACCUAUUAAAAUAAGCGACAGUUACUAAUUGAAAACGUUGCAACACACUGAAUUUUACCUUCUUUAUAACUUACCACUUUUAUUCUUUGCGGUGUACAAUCAUUCAAAUAAAUGUACAUACAUCUA